AUGAAAACAGUGAAAAAGUUGGUAGUUGGUCAGGUUGCUGUUGAUCUGUUGUCAAGCUUGAUUGCUGGGGGAUAUACUCACAAGUUUGCUGAAAACUCUAUGACAGUCCACGAACGGUUUCACCCUUCUUGGUGCUCAUCAGUUAGGCGCAAUCCCCGAGUUUCCGUCAAUCUUAUAUUCUACUUGAACCCGAAGUGGACUGUUUUCGAGAAAAACACCAAUUUGCAAAUCACUUUGUCCUGGGCUGUCGAGGAGUUUUCAGCAACCUUAAGGCAUCUUCCUGAACUUUCCUGGAUAUUCAUUGACUGUUUCUCCAAUGCAUGCAAAUGUGACUCCACAAAUUCCAUAAUAGAUCUCACUUUUCAAGAGACGCGAAGCGGAUUUACGAGAAGUUAUACUACUCGCAUGCCCCCAUCAGUAGUAUCCACCGUUGCACCGAACGUAAGGUUGAUGGAAACCCGGGGACUACGCCUACCUGAUGAGCCUCAAGAAGGGCGAAGCCGGUCGUGGGCUGUCGAUGGAUUUUCAGCAACCUUAUCAUUAGUACAUUACAAAGACAUUCAUGUAUCGCGAUAUUUCAAAUAUCGUAUGAUCGGAAGGUCCGCGGUUCAAAUCCAACCACAAAAGCUUGACUGCCACUAUCUAUGCUUGGGACACUUAGCCAGACCUCAGUCAUCGUACUUCCUUCAAGCAUGCACCGAGAAGGUGCCACAGGUAGAGCCCUCUGUGUAUGAAAUCUCUGAAAUACGAUUAAAUAUAGAUUUUAUUCACCUGAAAAUCUGA